CCUACACAAAAACAUAUUUAGAAAAGAAGUAUCCAUUGGUGGCGCUGGAGGGAGGCAAUGUAGGAUUGAAAGGAAUAUUGGCGUAAUGCAGGAGAGGCCAAGCUGUAAAGCCAGGUCGCAAAAACAUUGAUCUCUAAAGAGCAGCUUUCAUGGGGGUUCAUUUCUCUGUAGGGGCUCUCCUCUUUUGGCUUCUCUGUGGGGGCUCCCUCAACAGAAUCCCUCGAAGAGAUGUGGGUGUCAUUUUCGCUCUGGGAACUCUCGCUGGCCAGAAGCUAGCUCCUCCACCUGGGGUGAGGUUGGAAAUAUCUGACCCCUGGCGAUUCUGCAGCCACAUCUUUCUUGAUGCCCUUCUUCCCAAGCCUUAGUGUAGGCUCCCUGGUUCCCUCCCGCUCUUUCCAAGAUUCAAGGGGGCGGGCCCUCCCGCUUCCGCUUUUCCUAGAUUGGCCGAGAGAAUCCACCAAUGGGCAGCUUCCGGAGGCGGGCCUAGAACGCCUGAGGCUUAAGGAAGACCAGCGAAUUUGGAGUUGGCUGCUGCUUGGGCUCCGCGUGGGGGAGGGGCAGCAGGUUUUGCUCCCUGGAUCUUUAAAUACCCAGGCCCUCCCCACCAUGGCCAGCCGGGGUGGGGGCCGGGGCCGUGGCCGAGGCCAGUUGACUUUCAACACAGAAGCUGUGGGCAUUGGGAAGGGGGAUGCUUUGCCCCCACCCACACUGCAGCCUUCUCCACUCUUCCCUCCCUUGGAGUUUCAUCCAGUGCCUCUGCCCUCAGGAGAGGAAGGGGAGUAUGUCCUGGCAUUGAAGCAGGAGCUACGAGGAGCCAUGAGGCAGCUCCCCUACUUCAUCCGGCCUGCUGUCCCCAAGAGAGAUUGGCGCCGUCUACCCCGGGAGCUAAAGAUCCGAGUCCGGAAGCUACAGAAGGAGCGGAUCACCAUUCUGCUCCCCAAGAGGCCCCCUAAGACCACAGAAGAUAAAGAGGAAACAAUACAGAAACUAGAGACCCUGGAGAAGAAGGAGGAAGAAGUGACGUCAGAGGAAGAUGAGGAGAAAGAAGAAGAAGAAGAGAAGGAAGAGGAGGAAGAAGAAGAGUAUGAUGAAGAAGAACAUGAAGAGGAAACUGAUUACAUCAUGUCAUAUUUUGACAAUGGAGAGGACUUUGGGGGUGACAGUGAUGACAAUAUGGAUGAGGCUAUAUACUGAAGAAGGACCCCAAACAAUGCCCUGGACCUAUUACAUCUUUCUUGAUUUGGGAUAGAGAGAAUAACUGUCCCUAUUAUUUGGUUUUGUGGACAAGCAAAUCAUUUGGUCAGAGUUCAGAAAAACUAUUUGAUCCCUGGAGAUAGGAGUGGAGAAUGAUGACAGAUAGCCUCUUUCUACCCUUCCUCUCCUUUCACCUUUAUGUCACCUCUCAUAUGGUGGAGAAGGUGCAAAGGACAAAUGUCUUAAUUGUAUGAGGGGAGAAAGAAGAAUUGAAAGAACUUGGGCUUUUAGAGCUGAGACAGCUGUACACAUACUCCUACCGAAUUUUACAGCUCUUUGUGGAGAUAAUUGGGGCUGGGAGCAUUUAAGAGGAGUAAGUCCAGUCUUAUAUUUUUAAAUAAAGUGUUUUUAUCUGUCUA